AUGCUUCCCUUCUAUCUCUAUGAUAUUAAUCAAUAUUUUUUUCAUCUAAUGUUAGUCUGGAAGUUGUCAGGACAACUAACUAUUGAAGCUUUGAGAAGAGUAAUGAGGGAAAGAGUUGGAUCUAAUACUCUAAUUUCCUUUAUGCAUUCUGCUAAUGGCUUAAUACCGUUUUUCAUUGUAAAUGAAAAGCCAUUAAGUUGUGUCUUCCGUAGUGUCAUUGUUAGAUCCAAGACGCCUAAGUUGUUUGACUUGUGGAACGAUCUCCAAUUUUUUUACCUUCAAGCUGGUGCUAGCAUGUGUCUUGUUGAAUUUACUUGCCAUGCAAGAAAUGUUUCUAUAGAAGUUCAUGUCUUAAACAUUAGGAAAGGGUGA